AUGAAGCUCUCCAUCCUCGGGCUGCUCUCCGCGACCGCAACAGCAUCCUUGUUUUCGCAAGUGCCAUUCCAGGAGAAGCCAGAAGCAGAAGGCUUUCAGAUCUACCAAAGCCAAUUCUCAGAGCACCAUUCUAUCCGGAUUAAGCAGCAACAAAACAGCACCAUUUGUGAUGCACGCUCCAAACAGUACACAGGCUGGCUGGACAUCGGCUCAAAGCAUAUCUUUUUCUGGUACUUCGAGUCUCAAGAUAAACCCUCUGAAGACCCGCUCCUGCUAUGGCUAACAGGAGGACCGGGUGGUUCAGGCAUGAUUGGAUUGCUGGGCGAGCUGGGGCCUUGCCUCAUCAAUGAGUCUGGAAAUGGAACCGUGUACAACAAAUAUGGAUGGAGCAAAAAUGCCAACAUUAUAUUCGUCGAUCAGCCCGCUGGUGUUGGUUUUAGUUACGUCGACGAGGGAAUCCCGCUUCCUGCGACGAGCUUCACAGCUGCAGAGGAUAUGCAUCACUUUCUGCAGCUGUUCACCAGCGACGUAUUCCCAGAUCUUAGCAAUAGGGACUUCCACAUAACGGGAGAGAGUUAUGCUGGCCAUUACGUCCCAACACUCGGCGCCGAGAUUGUCUCGAAGAACCUAGCUUAUCCUAAGCGGCCUCAGGUCAACCUCAAGUCGACUUUUACAGGAAACGCAUUUGUCUCGCCCAGAGAUACUGCAUUUGGUUUCUGGGAAACUCUAUGCACGACAAACCCCGGUGUCGAGAGUCCCAUCUUCAACCAGACCCGCUGCGACAUCAUGGCUACUAACCUUCCUCGUUGCAUGGAGCUAACUAACGUGUGCUAUAACCAUCCGGACCCAGCCAUAUGUAUUGCGGCUGAAGAAGUGUGCAUGUACGGUGUUAUUCUCUACUAUGACGGCGAGGCUGGAGCGGGAGGUCGCAAUCGAUUCGACAUCACGGAUGGCUGCGAGACGAAAGAUGAAUUGUGCUACCCUGAGAUGCAGAGGAUACAAGAUUACAUGAACACGCCAGAUGUUUGGAAUGCACUGAGCGUGCCCCAAGCCGUGAAAAACUUCACGGGACUCUCCUACGAUAUCGCAUGGGCUUUUGCCCUCACCGGUGAUGGAGUCCUAAGCACGCAACCUCAGGUCUUGUAUCUUCUUGAGCACGGCAUCGAUGUGCUCUUCUACCAGGGUAAUUUGGAUCUUGCUUGCAAUACGGCAGGUAACCUACAAUGGGCCAACACGAUGCAAUGGAAGGGUCAACCUGCGUUUGUUGCGCAGCCAAAGCGAUUGUGGAAGAACGAGGGGAAGGAGGUAGGGUGGUUCAAGGAAGUUAAGACAACGACUGCAAGUGGGCGAGAUACGACAUUUGCGUUCGCUACAGUGGACGGAGCAGGCCAUAUGGUGCCAAUGGACAAGCCGAAGGAAGCGCUGGCCUUGGUCGAUAGAUGGAUCAGGAAGAGGAGCUACGCGUAA